GAGUUGCGCAACAAACUCCAGGAUCUUUCUCUAUGCCAUGCUCGCGGUCCGAGCAGUGCGAGGAGGAGGGGGAGGAGAAGUACGGCGCUUCUGCUGCUCUUUCCCUGCUCUAAGAGAUGUAAGAAUGGUCGACUCAAGUCCUCUGGGCAGAGGCCUGUGCUCCUCGUCUCAGAGCCACGUCUUCACAUCCACAUGCCCGUACCGCAUACUUGGCGUGAACAACACGGCGGAGCUAUCUGAGAUCAAGAGCGCAUACCUCUCGCAGGUGAGGAAAGUACAUCCAGACAUGAAUCAAGAUGACCCGCAGGCUUGCAUGAAGUUCGCCAAGGUCCACUCCGCGUACGAGCUUCUCAACAACCAAGAGAAAAGGCUGAGAUACGAUCACGGACUCAUCGACGUUCAUGGACGGGAUGUGCCGCAGGCCUUGAACCCCGACAACGUCCAAGAGAUGCUGUGGCGGCAGGUCAUGUGGGAAGGACGAGGAAGCAUCAAGGAGUUCGGGAUGGUUCUGCUGUUCCUGACUGUCGUCGUGGGGAUCGAUGAAUUGUCAAGGACGGACUUGCGCUCGGCUGUGAGCGCCAACGAUGAUAGCGAAGCGUCGGAGGUGGCAGGAAUGUCGAGGAGCGAGCCAGAGUUUGUAUAGUUCAUGUAGUGUACACGCCUGUUCAUAAAUCUCCUUGCAAUCAGGA